UAAAUCCAGAAUUUCCUCCAUGCCCAAAAUUCGCUUCUCCAACCGAGGCCAUAUCGUCUUCUUUCUGGUCUUCCUUCUUUCUCAUUUUUCUUCUUCUUCCGCCCGUCUUCUCUGUCAUACUAGUUCAACAAUACAGUAGUAUUUUCUUCUGUUGCAUCCAAAUUGAAGAAGAAACAGAAGAAGAAGAAGAUGUGGACUGCUAUCUUGCUAUUAGUGCUUCUUUUCGUUGCUGGUUUGAUCAGUACAAACUUCAAUAGAAAGAUGUUUCUUGCAUGGUUUCAAUCUUAUUGUGCCAAAAUCAGAAACCCUUCUUCGCAUGCAGCAAACAGCUUUGACUUUUUGGAGACAAAGUCUGGCAAGAAAGUGGAUAAAAGAAGUGGUGCUGAUAACAAGAAGGUUCAGCUAAGAAGUAUUUUUGCUACUUUUGACAAGAACAAUGAUGGAUACAUCACAGAGCAAGAGCUAAAAGAUUCACUUAACAAUAUUGGGAUGGGCAUGACUGAGAGUGAUAUUGCAGAUAUGGUUAGAAAGGUUGAUUCGAAUGGGGAUGGAUUGAUUGAUCUCGAAGAGUUCUGUGAGUCUUUUGAUUCGUUGAUCGGUAGAGGAGAAAUGAACGAGGAAGAGCAGGAGAGAGACGCCAAUGAUGAUGAGGAUGAGGAGGUGAGUAGGGAGGAUGAUUUGAAGGAGGCUUUUGCUGUUUUUGAUGGAAAUAAAGAUGGGUUGAUAACGGUGGAAGAACUGGGGCUGGUCUUGUCCUCCUUGGGGUUUAAAGAGGGGAAGAAGUUGGAAGAUUGUAUAGAGAUGAUUAGAAAAGUAGACGUGGAUGGAGAUGGCAUGGUUAAUUUUGACGAGUUCAAGAGGAUGAUGAAAGCUGGUCAUCGGCUUCUUCCAGCUUCCUGAAGAAUGAGUCUUUGCUUCUGUUCUUUCUCCUAAAUCCAUCAAGCGCCGGCGCCUGGGGGGCUCUAUUUGUAUUUCUACGGUCGGAGUUGUAGCAUGCUCGCGCUGAUGGCCUGAAGAACUGAGGAGCUGGGUGAGGAUUGGGAGCCAGGAUGGGCUUUUAGCAGUGCACCGCUUUUUCCGCUGCUCUUUCCUAUCAGCUACUUAGGAAGUAACUAGGACGCAAAGCAUCUUUAGUUCCAACAACAGAUAUUGGAGAUAGAAUAUGUUCUCAUCGAGAACCACCCCGAAUCCAUAUUGUUCAAAAAGUGGUUGAAUUCAUACGCUGUUCAGGAAUAAAAUCAGUUACCAUGAGAAGAA